CAUCCAGAAGAAGCUGCUUACUUCACCUGCACAAACAUGGCUCCCUGCUCCACCAACUACUCCUCUGUUCACCACCUCAGGAUCUCUGAGAAAGACAGCAUCAAAUUGAGAAAACCUAUUGUGGAGAAAAUGCGCAGAGAUCGCAUCAACAGCUGCAUCGAGCAGCUCAAGAUCAUCCUGGAGAAGGAGUUCCACAAGCAGGAGCCCAACUCCAAGCUGGAGAAAGCCGACAUCCUGGAGAUGACCGUGAGCUUCCUGAGGCAGCAGCUACAGCCAGGCCUCGACUACAGCCAAGGCUACUCUCACUGCUGGAGAGACUCUGUGCACUUCCUCUCUGCUGGCUCCAGCACAGAAGCCUCUGUCUCUCCUCUGCAAGGCCUCCAGCAGCAGGAGCAGCAGCUCCAUCAGGCCCAGAGAGCCAGCAGUUCCUCCCCAGCCUGCUCCACCCUCAGGCCCACCACGCUGCUGGACAGCAGCAGCAGAGGCCCCGUGUGGAGGCCUUGGUAGAGACUCUGUCACACAGACACUGACACCUGAGGGAAUCUACUCUCUCCCUCACUAUGUAGGAAAUAUGUUUCCAGCCUGCUCGCUCCUGGUGGGUUUCCUUAUUGUCUCAUCACAUUGAUGGACAAGUAGUAAAAGCGAAGGAUCUCACUUAUUUGAAGAUUGUCCUGCUUUGACUUUGAUUCUGAUAUUUGCUUUUUCCUUGUGUUUAAAGCUGGAGGUUGAUUUCGAGUAAUGAUGGUUUUGUCAAAUCUAGUGAAAUGAUUGUUUACUCCAGUGGAGUUUAUCUUUGGACUGCUUGAUGUAACAGUAUAUAUGUGUAUAUGUAUAUGCCAUACUGGGUUUUACUGACAGCUGCUGUUGAGAAUAUUUCUCUUCUGUUUUGAAUUAACUAUGCCAAGUUUUAUGGAUGAGAAUGAUGAUGUAUGUUUGUGCAAGUGUGUGCAAGUGGAUGUACAUGUGAACAUCUUGUAAUGUUGUAUUGGGAUGUUGAUAUGGCUGAUGUGCUAUUACAUUUUGGCUCUUAAAACUUAUUUCUGACAUUUGUAUGACAAUUAACAAUAAAAAGAUACAAUCAUUAAAAAAAGCAAAUUCAAGAUUUUAAAAA